AUAGUAUUUUAACUGUCCGUGCAUUACGACAUGAGCUAAAAGCCUUAAAUAGUAGAAGAAAUACGCUGCAGUAUGUGUGAACAUUUGAAGGAUAACACUGGAAUUAGGAAGUUAUCAGACGUUAAAAACCCAAUGGUCUACUACCACGRCUGUGAGCAGCGACAGAAUGUACCAGAUAACAAGCUCUUUAACAGAGAAAGCUUCAGCUCAACAGAGCUCUCUUUAAGCCGCAACAGUAGUUUUUCCAGUUGUUCAAGUAGCGCUACAAAUAGCAGCGGAUAUGGUUGUACGCUCGAUACAGAUUCGUCGAUGAGCAGAUCUAGCGUGAGAUUGUCUGGUAUAAGCCCUAGAUUAGGUAAAGAUACGCCGCUGAAACACGCCAUUACUAAACCCGAAAACCAUUAUCCCGCUUCGCUAACAAUUCGAAGUAAACACAGAUUGGAACACACUUCUUUACCACGAGAAAAUCGCGUUCUCGAUCGAAAUCCUGGCCAGCCAAACACGAAAACAGAAAAAGAACAACGUUCAUUCUGUUUCCCAGAACGAAGUAUCUCAGAAACGGAGUUACUUUUGUCGAGACGCCAUCUUUGUUCGCCAGAGGGGCUCAUUAUCUCCACUCCACGGGCGAAAGGAACUCAUUUGUCAGCAAGUGAAAAACGAGCUCGCUCCAAAUCUGAAUCAUAUGACGAAAAAAGCGCGCCCAACAUCGAGGACUCAAAAGAGAAAUCAAAAGAUUCGACCAAGUCAAAGAGGAGUGAUUCAUCGAAGAGAAAAGAAACACAAACUACUGCUGUGGAUUGGUGUAUCGACGAAAAAGCAAUGAAGCGAUGUUUGCUGUUGUUCGAAGCCARUUGUGAAGGGAAAAAAAGUCAGAAACGCAAGGAUGCAGCAAAGCGAAUCGCAGCACUGGAAAGCCAGGUUGAACAGGUUUGUCAGGAACGGGACAGUGCGAUACGAGAAAGAAAUGAAAUGAUGCAUGAUCGUGACCGCAUCAAGUGUGAGCGUGACGCACUUGAGUUAGAACGUGACAACUUACUGCGUGACAAAGAUCUUCUUGAGAAAGAGUUAAUCAACAGGAAUAACGUUAUCGAUCACUUGAGGGAGCAUUUGGGUCUGGCAGUCAUCCCCGUCAAACUUCCUGCCCGUAAUACGAACUGUCCAGUGUCCGUACAAGUUCCUAAAGAAAUGUCAACYACCUAUGAACACGACGCUCCUGCUGGUAGAAAGUUUAAGACUCGCCCGAGAUCCAAGUCUGAAAUCAAAACUCCAGAGUUUUAUUUUCCAGAUCAAAUCUUAAAAACCAAUGCCUAUACAUGCCUCUGACGCCUUGCUUCGUAACGUAUUGAUGGUUUUCACGGCGGCCAUGUUGGAAGAACUUAACGAAAGAAUUGCCAAUGAAUUCUUUUGUUAUAUCCUCCAACAUGGCCGCCGUGUCUUUUGUUAUUUAAUUCUCUUGGGAAUGGUUGAAAAUCAUCAAUUCUUUUAAAAAUGUAUCACAUUAUGGAACUUUCGAGACAUUUUUCACACACUUCGACUUAGAUGUAUAACCCAAUUAACUGCAUUUCUUGAAAGUAAAACUGCAUUUCUUUAAAAUAAAUUUCCUCUUUAGUUUUUAAGCAAUUAAUACAAAAUAAUAAGGAMUAGUUUUCUUUACGUUUCGACACUCGCCAUUAUCAAAUAAACGCAUUCUUGAUAAUCCUUAUAAACUUCGUUAUUAAACAUGCUCUGCGAAAAACUCACUCUAAGUUACGGGGAACCCAGCUUUGGGAGCCUGGUUGAUUGAUUUUUAUCAUACAUUUUUAAAGGGUUUAAAUUAGGUAACUUUAGUCUUUAUGCCUUUCCUGUGAUUUCAGAUCGAUUGAUACGUAAGCUUUAAUUACUGGGUUGCCUGUGGCAGCUCAGUCUAAAAAUGCGUUGCCUAUCUCCGUAUUUUACUGCGUCCGAAAAAUACCAAAAUUGCGCAAUAAUCAGGGGUCUUCCUGGCACUACCCAAGAGUCCUUUGCGACAUAUUAUACAGAGAUCCCGUGUAAAGUCUGAUUUAUAUGUUGUAUAUAUAUACAGGCCAAGAAAGUUCAAUAUGCCGUGAAAAGAUCUUUAAUUUAGCUUCUCAAAGCAAUAUUCUAUUCUUUGAUUGCACGUUACGUCAUCCCAGCCAUGUUGGUGCCAUUUAGCAAAAGGUUUCUCAUUAGCAUCCAUUAUUAACGGCACCACAAUGGCCGCCAUGUACUUGUCUUUUGACUCUCUUGGGAAUCUUUGCAACCCACCAAUACAGAAAGAGUUUUUAAAAGAUUAAUAGGUCUUACUUAGACAAGAAAAAUAAUUAUAAGGCUUCAAAUCUUCCCGUGGGUGAACGAAUUCCAUGUCUAAUUAAUAAAGUUGGAGCGCUUCAAUUCCCCGUGGUAGACCGCCUUCACCUUGUUUUAAAGUCAUUUUUACUUGCCAGAUUUCUAUUUGAGAUUUAAUAAUGCUAGCGCUAUGAACAAUUUUAGAAAGGAUAAAAAGGAUUGUUUGAGUUUUAA